CGAAUUUUAUGGCAGCACUGCUUUAUCGACACCUCCAGUGUUGUCAGGUGUCUGCCAACAUGGAGAAUCGAGUCUAGAGUAUUUUCAUGGUCCUAGGGGAAUACAAGCCACGAAGAAGGGCGAGAAGGGGAGAAGGGGGUGGUUGCAGCCGAUAGUUGCGUCUGGUCCACAGCUCAGAUGCUGCACAAAGGCGUUCACUUGAAAAAUCUUUAAAAAAAGCCCUGCCCCUGUAAAUUAAACCCCUCCAGUGAUCAUUCCCCACGAAAACCUGAAACGAAAAUCUGGUAGUGCUCACAGUGACGAUUAAAUCGUGUGCAUCAGCCCUUCCAUUGCAUUUUUAUGAGAUGAAUCUCAGUGAAUAUCAUCGCAUCAAUAAAAUAUCACGGUGCCACUGAAAGUUAUUCUUCCCUUUGAAUUUUUCCCCUGCUCUGUUAUCACUGACAACAAUCGACCGCUCGAUUUUUUGAAUAUUAAUGCACCUGUGGGAAUAAUAACAGAGAAAAAAACAGUUAAAAUGUCGGCGGAUACUACAGUGAUUUUUGCCAAGCUGGAGGCACUCAAGGAUAUAAGAUCAAAGACAUUGCAAUUAGAGAAGAUGAAGCAGAGAAUAAUUCAGGAGGUUGAGCAAACCGAGCACGAGGACAAGUGCCUGAUGGAUUACAAACAAGAGAUGGAGUUGCUCAUGCAGGAGAAAAUGGCACACGUUGAGGAACUGCGUCAAAUUCAUGCUGACAUUCAUACCAUGGAGUCUGUCAUAAAACAAGCGGAAGAGGCGAGAACCCGUGCCAGGGAGCACGCUAAAAUACUCCACAAUAACGAAUAUCAACCGCUGAAACAUGACAUUGAUAGAAUGCGUAGGGAAUAUUUGGGCCUUGAGAGACUGCCAGAACUUUACGAGACUGAGACUGAUUUAAUAUCACCGGACUAUUUUGAUCGACCAAUGCAGAAGGCUGAGUGGAGGGUGGAGGUUCGUGGGGAUGAUUUAAUGCAGCCACUGGGAUUGCAUGGCCAUCCUGGACAUCCAGGUGCAUCAACACCAUUUUUAGCUCCUCAACCUCUCCAGGGGCCCAGCAAAUCCGAGCCCAGGCCUCUGCCACCUGCCACAGGCCCCCCUGCUCCCACAUUCAGGUACCACUGGCAACAACCGCCACCCAUGAAGUCCUGUUUAUCCUGUCAUCAGCAGAUUCACAGGAAUGCACCCAUUUGUCCUCUCUGCAAGGCCAAGUCUCGAUCUCGUAAUCCCAAGAAACCGAAGAAAAAGGAUUGAGCGAGGAAUUAAUUUUUUACUGCUGGAAAUUCUCUUUUUUUUUGAGUAUUAUUUCCUGGGUUUCACUAUUGUAAUCAAUUUGUAGAAUUUUUCAUUAACAAUAGGGCAAUUAAUCGUGUAUUCACGGUUUAAUAUUUACAGCCAGUAUGUUUCUAGGGAACAUAAUCAAUUUUUUACCGUCUGAUUUGUAUUACUCAUAAGCAUGUACUCCUCGUUUUUUAAAUAAACGAAA